AUGAGGAGGAGUACUGGAUUUUCCUUGAACUUGCUGUCUCUCGUGCCACUUCUCUUUGCGUGGACAGGGGUGGCCCUCGACCUGGGACAAUCUUCGUGCACCACCCUGGUCCAGGGCAAAUUCUUUGGGUAUUUCUCCUCGUUGGCCGUCUUCCCGUCGAACGCUUCCCGCUGCUCUUGGAUUAUCCAGAACCCGGAUCCCCGGAGGUACACCUUGUACAUGAAGGUCCUGAAGCCUGCGGGUGCCUGCGACCGCCAGCAAGUCCGCACCUACCAGUUCGACUCGUUCUUGGAGUCCACGCGGACCUACCUGGGGAUGGAGAGUUUCGACGACGUCCUGAACCUUUGCGACAGCUCCACCCGCUAUGCCUUCCUCCAGUCCAACAAGCAGUUCCUCCAGAUGAAGCAGACGGCUGCGGCGGCGGAAGGCGGGCACGUCCGCUGGAAACUGGCCAAGGCACAAGACAGGGAUUUCUCGGUGGAAUACCUGGUGGUCGGCAACCGGAACCCCAGCAAAGCUGCCUGCCAGAUGUUGUGCAAAUGGCUGGAUACCUGCCUGGCCACCAGCAGCAGCUUCCACCCUUGUGGCAUCAUGCAGACGCCCUGCUCAUGCGCCAGCGGGGAGGCGCUGGAUCAGCCCGGUGAGAUCCUGGGCUUGGCCAAGAAGAAGGACUGCUUUAAGGAUGGGAUUUACUUGGAGAACUGUGUGAGCAGCCCGAAGGAGAGCGGUGGGCUGGAUUUCUUGGGUGGUUGGAACCCUUGGUCAGCCUGGGGAGAAUGCACCAGGGACUGUGGGGGAGGCCUCCAGACCCGCACCCGCACCUGCCAGCCUCUCCCCGAUGACAGCCUCAUCUGUGAAGGGGUCGUAGAAGAAGGCAGGCUUUGUAACAGGAAAGCCUGCAAUCCCAACGCACACUACAAUUCCCGAAGCCAAUCGCUGAGAUCCACAGAUAACCGAAAAAAGGAUGAUGCAGAUGAACUACAGCAGUACGGGUACCCUGCGCCUCAAAUAGGUGAUCCGGCUGCUGAGGAGUGGUCCCCCUGGAGCGUGUGUUCGACCACCUGCGGGGAGGGCUGGCAGAGCAGGACCAGAUUCUGUGUCUCGUAUUCCUACAGCACCCAAUGCAGUGGGCCCCUCCGGGAGCAGCGGCAGUGCAACAAUUCCGCCGUCUGUCCAGUCCAUGGGACGUGGGAUGAGUGGUCCCCUUGGAGUCUCUGCUCUUCUACCUGCGGGCGGGGGUACCGGGAUCGCACCCGGACCUGCAAACCCCCUCAGUUUGGCGGCAAUCCAUGCGAAGGACCCGAGAAGCAAACCAAGUUCUGCAACAUUGCCCUUUGCCCAGUGGAUGGCAACUGGAAUGAAUGGUCCAGCUGGAGCUCCUGUUCCACCAGCUGCUCCAACGGCACCCAGCAGCGGACGAGGGAGUGCAACGGGCCAUCCUACGGGGGAGCGGAGUGCCAGGGGCACUGGGUGGAGACGCGAGAUUGCUUCCUUCGGCAGUGCCCAGUUGAUGGAAAGUGGCAGGCCUGGGGCCCGUGGGGGAGCUGUACGGCAACAUGCGGAGGCGGGACGCAGAAACGGGAUCGGUCUUGCCACGGUCCUUUCUUUGGAGGAGAAGCGUGCCAAGGCCCGAAAGAGGAGUACAAGCAGUGCAACGAGAGGAGGUGUCCUGAGCCCCAUGAAAUCUGCGACGAAGACAACUUUGCCUCUGUGAUUUGGAAGGAGACCCCUGCUGGAGAGGCCGCAGCUGUCCGUUGCCCCCGGAACGCGACAGGGCUGAUCCUACGGCGCUGCGUGUUGGAUGAAGAGGGCAUAGCCUACUGGACAUCUCCAACAUACAUCAAGUGUGUUUCCAUUGACUACAGUAAUAUACAGAUGAUGACAAGGGAACAUCUGUCCAAAGCCCAGCGGGGGCUAAUGGGGGAAGGGGUGUCGGACAUGCUGCAGAACCUCGUGGAGAUCUCUCAAGAUGGGACCAGCUACAGUGGGGAUCUGCUGUCCACCAUCGACGUUCUCAGGAAUAUGACUGAGAUCUUCCGCAGGGCCUACUACAGCCCCACUGGUGGUGAUGUACAGAGCUUCGUCCAGAUCAUCAGCAACAUUUUGAUGGAGGACAACAGAGACAAGUGGGAAGAAGCUCAGCUGAUCGGGCCCAACGCCAAGGACCUCUUCAAGCUGGUGGAGGACUUUAUUGAUGUCAUUGGAUUCCGCAUGAAGGACUUCCAGGAUUCGUACCAAGUGACGGAAAAUCUGGUCCUCAGUAUUCAGAAGCUCCCUGCAAACGCAGCCAAAGACAUCAGCUUUCCCAUGAAGGGCUGGCGGAGCAUGGUGGAUUGGGCCCGAAGCGCAGAGGACAAGGUCACAGUCUCGAAAAGCAUCCUUUCCACAGGAGUGUCAGAGACAGACGACUCCGCUGUCUUCGUGGUGGGAACGGUACUCUACCGCAACCUGGGUGGGAUCCUGUCCUUGCAGAGGAACACCACUGUGCUGAAUUCCAGAGUCCUUUCCGUGACCAUCAAACCAGCUCCCCGGUCGCUCCUCGCUCCCCUGGAGAUCGAAUUCUCCCACUUGUACAAUGGAACCACCAACCAGACCUGCAUUCUCUGGAAUGACGUGGAUGUGUAA